UCUUGUGUACUUGUCAGCCGCAUAACCUAAAAAGAAAAUCUACGUUUCUGCUACCUUAUCAAAAGGUCCAAUGGCGGUGGAUGAUGAUUCUAAUAACAGUAAUACAGUCAAGUGUAUUUGCAGUGAUAAGAAGGCUGUAGAAGUUGAUCGCAAGACAUGGGAGUUGUUCAAUAAGAUGGUUCCAAUGGAAGGAUUCCAUAGGAUACCUGAGCCGGUGGAGAUGUACUUCGUGAGAAGCACAGCCUUCAAGAAGAUUUUAACAUACUGCGUGAGGAUCAGUGAUGGCACUUGCUCGGAGAGGUGGAUGUAUGACGAGCUCCUACACGGCGAAAGCUUGAUCGGUCUCUUCCACCUUGUCGGGACGGCUGAUUUUCUGAAUUUUGAGUCACUGGACGCUUUUAUCCUCCACUAUGUGGAAGACAAAUCAGAAGAAGAGAUAUCUUAUAUGGUACGCAAUGAAGAACUCAAGUCUCUCCUCAAAAUUAUCAAGUUUGCUCGUUUUUAUCUGAAAAAUCCCGAGAAGCUGUUCUCUGCGGUGCUCCCCCUUGUAAAGAAACCACAAGAAGAGUUCUCCCAGAUGAUUGUCAACAAAGAUUUGCCUAGUUUGAUCAAGUUGAUCAAGGUGGCUGAGUACAUUGGUUAUGAGAAUGUGCGCAAAGCUGCACGCAACCAUAUCCUCUCUAAGUCAAGUAACCAACUUUCCCAUGAAAUCCAUAGCCAAAACCUCAAGUCUCUCAUCAAAAUUUUCAAGGUGGCCAAAGCUGAGAAACUUCAGCCACUCCAAGACAUGGUGGUCCAAUAUGUCGACUCGAAAUCAAAAAAGGAACUGGUCCAGAUGGUUAGCACCGAAUUAUCUUGCAGAAGGUUCGACUUGUUGAACGAGUCCGAGUAUCUGCGUAGGGGCACUAUUGGAUCAGAAGAACUCUUUCGCGCCAUCUACACAUUUAUCCCAGACAAAGAAGCAGACGAAGGAGAAGAAGCAGAAGAAGAAGAAGAAGAGGACGAAGAAGAAGAGGACGAGGAAGACGACGACGAUACGUUGAUGAAUCAAAUUUCCAUCGAUGAAGCUACCUAUCAAGUUCCCAUAUAUGACGGCGGUAGCAAGAAGAAGGAAGAAUGCAAAACCAAGACUAGCAAGUUGAAGUUGGUACCAUGCAUAAGUAAGAAGCCAAGGACAACAAAGUUUAACUUGAAAAAGGAUCUCUCUGAUAUUUAAUCUCAUUAUUUAUGAUCCUUCAUUUUAACUUAAAUGUCCUUUCUAGAAAGAAAAAUAAACGAGAAUCUUUAGGGGUGUUAGUGAGAAUUAGAUUUACUAUGAUUGUUAGAAUUUAUAGAAUUUAGUGUUAUUAGUUUACACAUUCUCACAUUUUCAUUAAAUUUAGUGUUAUUAGUUUCCUGAUUUAGUAAUUCUAUACACAAUCUUUUGUUAUUCAAAAAAUCUAGAUUUUAAUGAUUAUUUAAAGCUAUUAAAGUUGGGGUUAUUGAGAGUUGUAUUUUUCAGCAUUUAACUCAUAACAUAAGAUUUUGAAAAUAUUAUUUAUAUACCUUAGAUUCUUAGAAUCAUUAUAUCAAUGUAUUUUCAUAGAAUUUCACAGUAUACAAAAUUUUCUAUAAUUCUUUCCAAAUUUAAUAAAUCUCUCAAUUUUCAAAAUCAACAAAUUCUAUAUAAAUAUUACUCUCACUAACACCCCUUAAAUGUCAAGGUUGGGCUCCUUGUAGAACAAGGAAGGAAGCUCCUCUCUGAGACAUCUAACGGCGUGACCCAUAUUCACGUAGUAGUUCUGAUUAUUUUCUUCUUUCUUUGUACUAAUCUCGCAGUCUUCUCUAGCUGAAACCGUAACCAUCCUCUUCGUAAACUCAUAUGUCUUACACUCGAACUCGAACCGGAGAAGAUUCUUGUCGAUACGUUGGGUAUCUCCGGCGAGCGGACAAGGAAUGCCAUCGGGGAAAAUGAAGAAGCGGGAAGGAGAUUGAAGAUUAAACUAGGGCCAACGUGGCUUAUGUGGUCAUAUUUUCUCGGAGAGAACUAAAAGAAAAGUUGCCAGAAGAGUAUUUGCAGAGGAAUAAGACGAGAAGGCGCGACGCGAGGAUAGGCCAGCAAAAUUCUCUAAGGAUAACCAUUCUCAGACUUGUCGACUUCAACGAUAAAGACCGUCGAAAUUUCUGAAAAGCAACACAAAUUUGAAAAUCAUAUAAUGGUUUAGGCCUUCAAGUUUCUAGUAUAGCCCAUAACGGAAAUGCACCAAUAAGAAAUUGUUGACUACCUAUAUAUAGUUGUAACAUAACACUAGAGAUUUGAAAAAGGGAAAAUUCCACGUUGUAGUUUUAAUACUGUGCAACUAAUUUCAUAGAUUUCAUAAUUUUAGAAAAUAAAAAUUCCACAUUGUAAGUUUUAAUACUAUGCAACUAUUUUCACAGAUUUCAUUAAUAUAAAAUUUUAUCAUGGCAUUUAUAAUAUACACACUAGCACUAUUACAAAUUUGACUCGGGAUUAUUAUGAUAUAGAGGCAAACUAAAAUAACCACGUAUCAUUUGUAUAAUUGUGGAAGUGAUCGAUGAUAGUUUGUGCGUGCUCUGUAUCACAAUUCUCUUUACAACAAUAAAACCAAUUUAAAAAAAAAAAACUAAUAUUACAGUCUAAAAUCUUAAUA